AUGGCGACAGCUAAUAGUUCACUGUGCAACAUCUCCGGGUCCGUGUCCGAGAAUUGGAGCUGGAUCGGCUGCAUGGAGUCGGAUAUUGAACAGGGAAUGGAGCCAGCACACAAGCUGAUCGCAAACUUGGCUGUCGCUGAUUUCAUCUUUGGCGUCUGUGGAAUCCGCAUCGCACCAAUGACCUUUCUACUCAAAUUCACACCAAAGAUUAUAUGCAUAGGACACAUCAGUGUGCUUACGCUCUCGGCCGUCGCAUCAACAAAUGCUCUCAUCGCCCUCAACGUAGACAGGUACAUUGCAAUAUCGCGACCUCUACACUACUACCAGAUCGUCACACCGCGCGUUAUCUUGUUAAUGGUAGUCCUGGUUUGGGGCAUUGCCUUCUUCAAUAGCGUGAUUACGUCCGUUGGCAACCGCUGGCAGCCGGAUCUACCAUGCGUCUAUGAAAUCGUUUCGAGUAGAAUAUCUGUCAUCUUAAGCUCGGUACUUAUUAUGACGUGUGGCGCCGCCCUCGUCUCCAUCAAUGCUUACAUAAUGAUGAUUUCCAAGCACCACCAGCAGCAGAUCCACCAGGAACCGAGCAACAGCGGGUUGGAGAACGCAGGAGCGACCGGAAAAUCCUUCUCUGCUGAGCUCGCCAAGCAUCUGAAGCUUGCCAAGACGUUUGGCAUCGUCGUCGGCGCCUUCGUCGUCUGCUGGACUCCGGGCCUCACCAUGCUGCUGUUUAGCGUAGCCGGCAUCCACCACGAGACGCUCGCCGUGGCGCGAGGUGUCACCUUUAUUCUUACAGAUUGCAACUCUUGCACGAACUUCUUCCUAUAUGCUGCGAAGAGCAGUCAGUUCCGCGCCGCCUUCCGGGCGGUGUUGCCCUCGCGUGGACACUAG